AUGGCCUAUCACAACACCGCUCAAUCCCAUCCUUCCUUCUUUGUCCUUCUGGGGAUUCCAGGCCUGGAAAAUUUUCACAUCUAUAUUGGUUUCCCCUUUUGUACUGUAUAUCUGAUUGCACUUCUGGGGAACAUUAUAAUCCUCUUUAUAAUUCAGACUGAGCCUAGUCUCCAUCAGCCCAUGUUUUACUUCCUGGCAAUGUUGGCCUUCACUGACCUAAGCCUGUCCACUGCCACUAUCCCCAAGAUGCUGGGCAUCUUCUGGUUCAAUUUCAGGGAAAUACUUUUUGGUGCCUGCCUUGCACAGAUGUUUAUGAUUCAUCUAUGCACUGGCCUGGAGUCUGGGAUAUUGACAGUCAUGGCCAUAGACCGCUACAUUGCCAUCUGCGAUCCCCUGAGAUAUACCACGAUCCUCACAAGCAACGUGGUGACCAUUCUAGGUACAGUCAUGAUCGUAAGAUCUUUAAUCUUUGUUAUUCCUUUUGUGUUCCUCAUCUUGCUGUUGUCAUUCUGUGGUGCCCAUAUCAUCCCCCACACCUACUGUGAGCACAUGGGCAUUGCCCGUCUUUCCUGUACCAGUAUCAGGACCAAUAAUUUAUUUGGGAUGGUUGCCUUUUCUGUGGGAUUCAUUGACCUUAUUGUAAUUGGUUUCUCCUAUGUGAAGAUACUCUACACAGUCUUUCACUUACCAUCAUGGAAUGCCCGAUUCAAGGCUCUCAACACCUGUGGCUCCCAUGUCUGUGUCAUACUCAUCUUCUACAUCCCAGCAUUUUUCUCUUUUCUGACCCACCGCUUUGGUCAUAGCAUCCCUGGCUAUAUUCAUAUAUUUCUGGCCAAUCUAUAUAUGGUCGUUCCACCUGCACUCAACCCUGUUAUCUAUGGGGUCAGGACAAAGCAGAUCCGGGAGCAAGUCUUAGGAAUUCUUAACUUGAAACUAUAUUGUCCUUCUCUGUGCUUCUAA